UGCAGGGAACCCCAUAGGGAAGAUCCCAGGCCUCUGGUGAGCCUCAUGGGAGAAGCCCCUGCCUGGGGUCGCCGGAACCAUGCUGUCCCGCAAGGGCAUCAUCCCGGAGGAGUACGUGCUGACCCGUCUGGCCGAAGACCCUGCCGAGCCCAGGUACCGGGCCCGGGAGCGCAGGGCCCGCUUUGUAUCCAAAAAAGGCAACUGCAAUGUGGCCCACAAGAACAUCCGUGAGCAGGGCCGCUUCCUGCAGGACGUGUUUACCACAUUGGUGGACCUCAAGUGGCCGCACACGCUGCUCAUCUUCACCAUGUCCUUCCUGUGCAGCUGGCUACUCUUUGCCAUGGUCUGGUGGCUCAUCGCCUUCGCCCAUGGUGACCUGGCGCCCUCCGGCGAGGACACCACCGUACCUUGCGUCACCAGCAUCCAGUCCUUUUCGUCGGCCUUCCUCUUCUCCAUCGAGGUCCAGGUGACCAUCGGUUUCGGCGGGCGCAUGGUGACCGAGGAGUGCCCCCUGGCCAUCCUGAUCCUCAUCCUGCAGAACAUCGUGGGACUCAUGAUCAACGCCAUCAUGCUGGGCUGCAUCUUCAUGAAGACCGCCCAGGCCCACCGGCGGGCGGAGACACUUAUCUUCAGCAAGCACGCGGUCAUCGCCCUGCGCCACGGGCGCCUCUGCUUCAUGCUGCGCGUGGGUGACCUACGCAAGAGCAUGAUCAUCAGCGCGACCAUACACAUGCAGGUGGUGCGCAAGACCACCAGCCCUGAGGGCGAGGUGGUGCCCCUGCACCAGGUGGACAUCCCCAUGGAGAACGGUGUGGGCGGUAACAGCAUCUUCCUGGUGGCUCCGCUCAUCAUCUACCAUGUCAUUGACGCCAAUAGCCCGCUCUAUGACCUGGCACCCAGCGACCUGCACCACCACCAGGACCUGGAGGUCAUCGUCAUCCUGGAGGGUGUGGUGGAAACUACGGGUAUUACCACCCAGGCCCGCACCUCCUACCUGGCUGACGAGAUCCUGUGGGGCCAGCGCUUUGUCCCCAUCGUGGCUGAGGAAGACGGCCGCUACUCUGUAGACUACUCCAAGUUUGGCAACACCGUCAAGGUGCCCACCCCGCUCUGCACCGCCCGCCAGCUUGAUGAGGACCGCAGCUUGCUGGACGCCCUGACCCUUGCCUCCACCCGCGGGCCCCUGCGCAAGCGCAGUGUGGCUGUUGCCAAAGCUAAGCCCAGGUUUAGCAUCUCCCCGGAGUCCCUAUCCUGAGUCGUGGUCCCUCCAGGGUCCCCUCACACGUGGGAGUGCGCAUGCGGAUGGUGUGACAUGGUAUGUAG